AUGUGGAUCAUGAAGCGAAAAAGUGGAAGAAAUGAAUAUUAUGAGAGGAAAGUCGACCUCAUGUCCUGGACAAAAAUUGAUCUUUCAGAACUCAUCCACGCAACUUUCCACAAUCUGACCAAUGAUACCAUGUCAUGGUCCUUUAAGAAUUUUCUUGAGAUUAAAGCGAAAAAUAACUUUGAAGACUUAAAGACUGCUUCAUCGUUUAAUAAGAAGGCCAAUGACACUUUGGAUAUAAUAAAAUUUUGGGUUUAUGAUGAUGCUACUACAAUGGUGGUGAUCAAGCUGAAGAAAAACCAGUUUCGUAUUAUUGAUCCCAAAGAUUUGUUGAAGUUUGGAGAAUGUGAUAUCUACACUUUAUUAAACUUUCAGAUUAUCGUAGAGAAUGAACUAUUUGAAGCUGCCGCGAAAGCUUUCACUGGAAUGGUAGCUACAAUUAUCGACAAGAAGUUGUGGGCAGUGAAAUUUGACCAAGCAGAUGUACAUCUUGUAGACAAACGUUGA